AUGGAAUUGUUAUUUGUAAAUACAGAUUUCGGAGUACACGCGUACAACCCCUUCAAUCGCCAAGAAUGUCUCAAGUAUUCAGUCCCUUCAAAUGGAAGUUGCAUUAUCGACGACGAAAUAAUCAUUAUUCACGCGAAUAAGCCUCUUAUUUAUGCUUUCAAGCUUCAACGAUCUAUCCAGACGCCGAAAAAGUUCGUUCUUCCAGGAAAGCCAAUGGCUAUUUGUUCCCCAGGAAUUGGAAAAUUCGUCUUUGUCGGAAUUUCUGGAUCUCUGUACAUUUGGCACGUGACUUCUGGCAGAUGUAUCCACAGCAUACAAUGUCAUUUUCAGGAUAUUAACAGAAUUGCUUCGAAUGAGCAUUUUACUGUCACUUCUAGUCCUGAUGGUCAAGUCAACAUCUUCGAAACAGUCUCCUUACUGGACGUCAACGCGCAGCCAAAAGCGCUGAUCAAGUUGAAUGCUCACUCACUGCCCAUCACUGAUGUCUUCUUGGAAGAAGAUUUGCUUUACACAAGCUCGAGUGAUUUUACUGUCAAGAUUUGGUCAUUGGAAGAGUUGAAAGAAAAUAGAUCGGAGAAAGAAAAGAAGAUCAAGCAGAGUAGCUUGCUUUUGUCGACAUUGGACUUUCCAGCGGCAGUAACGUCAAUUGCACUAGAAGGAAGUAUGAAGACGCUUUUUGCUUCGACGAGUGAUGGAAGGCUGCACAAAAUGGAUAUGUCGCUGAAGUUGCUAGAAAAAGGACCUCAUAAAACGGAUCAAACUGAUUGGAGACAUGAUGCUAGUCAUGGAGAUAUAUUUAUAGAAACGAGCCUCGAUGGACUGGAUUGCUUGACAUCAAGUGGCAACACACUUAGAAUUUGGACUUCAGACAGCGCAGCCUUACUUCGGUCAAUUCAACUUGCCGGAUGCUGCCAUAGUUUCUAUUCAAAAGUGGAUAUCUGGGGCAUACUCAAAACAGACCUGGGAAAAGUCAAGAGCAAGUCAGCUUCUAUGGAGAAAGUUCAGCAUGUUCCGAGCAAAGAUGAUGUCUUAUUGAGGUUCGAGAGUUUAAAGAAAACAAACUGUCCAUUAAUGGAGCUUGUCUCCUUACGAGCAACACAGCCGAAAGCAGAAAGUAUAGAGAGAACGGAAGAAAACGAUUCAGAAAUUAAAAGGCUAAAGAAACUCAAUUCAGAGCUCUACAGACAGCUCGCUGUGAAAGUACUUGAAUGA